AGAUUAAAACUUGCCUGCGUCGCUCGAGUCGUCCAACGCGAUUACUCGAGGUGAGAACUGCGAGAUUCGUGUAGUAAAAGUGGCCUCUCAGAGCGAGUGUAUUUAUGUUAAAUAAUUACAAAUAUUGUGACCAACUUACAAAGUGACACUAAAGGAAAUUACUGUUUUAUCCAUAAAUAAAUAUAAUGAAAAGGACAUAAAGAAUGACGCUGUCAAAAUAAAGAGGAAAAUAAAUAAAUAGGGCUAAAAUACAACGGCAUAUUUAGGCCUGUCGUGCAAAAAUGAACCUUUAAUUGUGUGCAGUAAAAGUGACAUUGUUUUAUAUAUUUUGGGUUUGAUGACCGAAUUGUGGAAUAUUGAAAUUAUGAUUAUAUUUCAAUGUGUCUGAUGAUGAGAGCGCAAAAGUUGGUGUUCACCUGCUAAUUCAUUAUGGACUGGAGAAUUCGAAGAGAAGUUUGUAGUCAGCGGUGAAGACGUCGAGGCCACGGCCUUUUUGAAUAGAUAAACAUGGAAGGCCCGAGUAAUGAAUUGUCUGAGCGCAUUCCAGAACUAGAACCAAAUUGCAAUAAUGAAAAUAUUCCAGAAGCAGAAGAAGUGAAAAAUGAACAAGAAACAUUUUCUGUGAAAGAAGAAAAAGUUAGUGAUAGUGACACUAAUAGUGAUGAUCUAAAUUCUAACGAUGAACAAAGCAAUGUAAAUAGCAAUAGCAACUCUCAGUUUUAUGAGAGCAGUGAUAGUAAACUAGAUUAUGCUGUUAAGAUGGACGAUAGUGAUACUUUAAGUGAUAUAGAAGAUAUUAAAACAGAUACUGCAUCUGCGGAUAGUGAAGACUCAGCACUAGGCAGUUUACCUCCGGAUGGAAAUCCAAACGAUAGAGAAGAGGAUGCUCAGGAUCGGUUGGAUGGCAGUGACUCAGGUCUUGGAUCGGAAACAAAUGAUGAUUCCAAAUUACCUAGUUUCAAUCUUGCUCUACCAUGUGCAAGUACUAGUGAAGAUAGCUCUUCUUACAGUAUAGAUCAGAAUAAAGAAAGCCUAAAUGAGAUUAAUUUAGAUAACAAUCCAGAAUGUAGUAGCAAAGAAUGUACGAACUCCGAACUUAAGAAACCCAUUAGAAGUAGUCUUAAAAGAAAAAGAGAAGAUGAUAGUGCUGAAGAACCACAAGUUAAGAGAAAAAAGGGAAGUAUAAAAUUUGAUAAUGUAACUGUCUACUAUUUUCCCCGAGCCCAAGGUUUUUCUUGCGUUCCAUCUCAAGGUGGCUCUACUUUAGGAAUGGAAUGGGUACAUACACAUUCUCAGAAUUUCACGCUAUCAGAACAUGCUUUAGAACAGAGAAGACUUCACAGACAGAUUUUACAACAGCUUAAAAGUGAACGGCACUCCAUCCAAGGAACGUCUCUUUCGUCAAGUGAAGAUAGUGAUUCUGAAGAAGAAGCUAGCGAUAUAUCUGAAUCAGAGCUAGAUUUGGAUAGCUACUACUUUUUACAACCUAUUCCUACUCGACAGAGGAGAGCGCUUUUACGAGGGGCAGGGGUUCGUAAAAUAGAAGCUUAUGAGAAAGAUGAAUGUAGAGAUAUUAGAACUUCUCGAGAAUUCUGCGGAUGUGCCUGCAAAGGAGUAUGCAAUCCUGACAAUUGCUCUUGUAGUUUGGGCGGUAUAAAAUGUCAAGUUGAUAGAUUAAACUUUCCUUGUGGAUGCACAAGAGAUGGAUGUGGGAAUACAACUGGACGAAUAGAAUUCAAUCCUGUAAGAGUACGAACCCAUUUCAUUCAUACGCUUAUGAGAAUUGGUCUUGAAAAGCAAAAAGAAGAAAGUGAAGCAGCUGCUAAAAAGCAAUGGGCUGAAUCGCAAAAUGCUAGUACCAGUUCUUGCGGGGCAAAUAAUUCAUAUGAAAGGGAGCGUUGUAUGAGUCAUGAGGAUGGAAUGUUGCGAGAUGUUAAUCUCACGCCAAGAGUGGAAGUCGAAUCCUGCGUUAAUUCAGGGAGUUUUAAUAAUGUUCAUUGUGAUAUGAAUAAUAUAGCACCACGGGGUAACAUGCAGGAAAAUGUUGCGUAUGGUUAUUCUAAUGAUAAUUUAAACCAUAGGAAUGUACAUGAUAAUAAUGUAAUGCACUAUGACAACGGCAACAAUCAUCACGGCCACGGUGUUCCUUACACGUCUAGCAUGCUACAAGGGAAAGGACCACCCUAUUCUAACACGAUGGGCUUUAACACUUUAUCAAACAAUAUGCAAAGAUAUCCCUGUGAAAUGAAUUACUCGUAUGAUCAACACACAGAUAAUCACCAUUUCAAGGGGUCACAAAGUUAUUCCGCUUCAAGUUUUGAGGAAUUCGCUCACAAUUCUCAAAUGUCUAUGUUCAGUCAUUACGGCCAUAUGUAUGUUCCGGAUUAUUUACACAAACCGAACUCGAGCGGGAACGAGCAUAACUCACUACAACAAUAUCACACGAUGCCGCAGAAUCACUACGAAUCCUACAAGAAUCCUGAAUGUGUGACUGCGGAAAACAAAGACGCUCAAUAUACUACGCUGAUGACAUUGCCAUAUCAAAAUAGCAAUAAGUUACAAACAGUGGAAAACGAUCAGAACUGGUUCAGUCACAACACGUUGCUGAACCUGGACCAUUCCGACCAUGCGACGCAGGACGCCACUGAGCUGCCGGCUCAGCCCGCCGCCCCGGCAGAGCCCACGACCUCGGAACCUACCGAAAACUUCGGGGAGCUAAUUAAAAAAACUAUGGUAGAGUCUGUUACUGUGUAGAUGAAUUACUUGUUGUCUUUUAAUUGUAAUAUUGAAUUAUCAUGUUAUUAAAUUUUUAAUUAUAACAAUAGGGAAUUCGA